AAACAAAAACUAAACCCACUCAAUCAAAAUCUCAUUCACUAGUAGUAGUAGUAGUGGUCAAGUAAGCAAAACACAGUACUCCAAAGUUUCAAACUUUUUGUUUUCCUUUUUCUUUUACACUUAUUGGGGUUUUACACCAAAAACAGAGCUUCAUUUGCUUGUAACAAUGGAGGUUAUUGAAGCUACACAGAUUAGUCAAACUUCUAAGUUUAAGAGAAUUUGUGUGUUUUGUGGUAGUAGUCAAGGCAAGAAAACUACUUACCAAGAUGCUGCUAUUGAUCUUGGCAAAGAAUUGGUUUCAAGAAGCAUUGAUUUGGUGUAUGGAGGAGGUAGCAUAGGUCUAAUGGGCUUAGUUUCUCAAGCUGUGCAUAAUGGUGGUCGCCAUGUUAUUGGAGUAAUUCCCAAGACGCUCAUGCCUCGAGAGUUAACUGGUGAGACAGUAGGGGAAGUGAAGGCUGUAGCAGAUAUGCAUCAAAGGAAAGCUGAGAUGGCUAAGCAUUCAGAUGCUUUUAUUGCCUUACCAGGUGGUUAUGGAACACUUGAAGAGUUACUAGAAGUGAUAACUUGGGCUCAACUCGGAAUUCAUGACAAACCGGUUGGAUUGCUGAAUGUUGAUGGUUACUACAACUCGUUGCUCUCGUUUAUCGACAAAGCUGUCGAAGAAGGAUUCAUAAACCCUAGUGCACGAAACAUCAUUGCAUCUGCACCAACAGCUAAGGAACUAGUGAUGAAAUUGGAGGAAUAUGUUCCAUGCCAUGAGAGGGUUGCUCCAAAAUUGACAUGGGAAAUUGAUCAGCUUGACUACUCUGAAGAAUUAUGCUAACUUGGAAGAAAUUGAUGGAAUUUGGAAGUGGAAGGAGCUGAUUUUUGCUGAUAUUGAAAAUUUCCAUAGGGAAAUUAGUUUACUUGUGUAAAUUAUUGCAAUUAACCUCAAUAUGCUACUUUUUAAAAUAUUGUCAUCCAAUGAAAAAUUUGGAUUUUCUAA